GCCGCAGCCUAACGUUGUCACGCUAUCUAUAAUGCACGUAGUGUCCAACAGUGGCGGUGUCAUCCCGAUCGCGACGGCGGAGUGAAAAGCAGCAGCGCGCCCCUGGAAAAUACGUUUCAAUCGAGCGGAGUGGAAGUGCAGGCGGCUGACAGCAAGUCCGAGCGAAUUAUUUACCAUUGCGCCUCGUCACGGGACUUGGCUCGCGGCCGCAGCCCUUCCUUGCCUCGACAUACUUACUUUCUUAUUUUUCUCGACUUCUUGUACGUAAGUCGAGCGAAAUUCGAGUGGACGACGCGCGAGGUCGACGAGAACGGCGACAAUGGAGAGCAAUAAAAAUGAAGCUGAACGAUGCACCGAGCUUGCCGAAUGCUACAUUAUUGAGAAGAAGUUCGAGGAGGCGGAGAGGUUCCUGCGGAAGGCCCACAGGCUUUAUCCGUCGAAAAAGACAAAGGAUUUAUUAACAACUGUAACGUUAUUGUCAAAACAAAGUAAAAAAUCGGAACCUGAAGCGGAGAUUAGAAAAAGACAUACCUACAAGACUAAUGAUUAUACCGAUGAUCAAAUGGAGCAUGUUAGGAGAAUAAAGAAAUGUAAAGAUUACUAUGAAAUUUUAGAAAUUCGUAAAGAUGCAACCGAUAGCGAUGUCAAAAAGGCUUAUAAGAAGUUAGCUCUUCAGCUACAUCCUGAUAAAAAUAAAGCACCAGGUGCGGAGGAAGCAUUUAAAGCUAUUGGCAAUGCCUUUGCCAUUCUCACAGAUGUCGAGAAAAGAAAACAGUACGACUUGUAUGGGACGGAUCAAGAAAGAUUGAACAGUACAAGGCAACAUUCUCCAAACAAUUAUACUCGUGGCUUCGAGGCUGACGUUACAGCCGAGGAGCUAUUUAAUAUGUUUUUCGGUGGUUUUCCUCAACAACAGUUUUAUAUGUACAGAGGCGGAGGAAGUUGGAUGAGACAAAAUGAGGCACAAGCACAGCACACUCGUUCUCAACAAGCAAGUGACUAUACUACAUUCCUUCAAAUGUUGCCUAUACUAUUAUUAAUAAUUUUGACCACAAUGAGUAGUUUUUAUAUAUCGGAUCCUGUUUAUAGUUUACAACAUAAUAACAAAUACUCGGUACAUAGAAUGACUCAAAAUCUCAGAAUACCAUAUUAUGUAAAGGAGAACUUCCACACGGAAUAUGAAGGAAAUUUAAAAAGGCUAGAGAACUCGGUGGAGGAGGAAUUUAUACUUGCUCUGCGGCACUCGUGUUAUAGAGAAAAGAAUUACAGGGAAUCGAUGAUGUGGAAAGCAAGAAAUUUUGGUGAUCAAGACCAAUUUCAACGAGCUAAAAAUAUAGAGACGCCGUCAUGUAAAAAGCUUCAAGAAACGAUGCCCGACCUAUGAUUUAAUUACAUUUGUUUACGCAGGAGUAUCAAUUAAAAUUUGUAAAUUUAGACAAAUAUCCAAUUUUAUUUAUGUGUGCACAAGGGGAUAAUGAAAAAGUUUAAUGUGCAAUCACAUAAAAUGGUUAAACUUGUAAAGAACUUUAUCCAAAAGCACCAUUAACUUUAUGCAUAAUUUACAAAGAAUUUUUAACUUCAAAUAAGUUGAAAAAUUAUAUUAAAAAUCAA